UUUUUAAGUAGGCAAUCGGUCUUUCCUGUAAGAAACUAAGUAAGAAACUAAGUAAGUAAGCAAGUAUUUUCCUUUAAGAAACUAAGUAGUCUAAGCAAGAAGUAUUUUCCUUGAAGGAACUACGUACGUUAGUAAGUAAGCAAGAAGGAAGGAUUGGGUAGGUACCUAAGUGGGAUUUUUGACUGUCAGUCUUGUUUUGGAUAUCUGUGGAUUUUGGGUUAAAUCGUGGGUGGUAUUUAAUUUCAUCUUCAUUUCAUCAUUACUAGUAUUGUACGGCCAUCUCGCCGAGCAUUAUACCGUGGAGAUAGUUCCGCGGUGUUUUUCGGUGAGGUAUAUUGCCGGUUUAAGUGUAGUCCUUUAGUGUUACUUAGUAGGGUUUAGUUUUGGCCCGCUCGCUGACGCUGUUCACCGUGGAGAUAAUUCCGCGGUGUUUUUCGGUGAGGUUUAGGGUUUCAGUAUUUACCUGUCAGGCACUUAGUAAGCUAUUAGGAAACUGAGUAGGGUAUUAUUAAGUAAGCAAGAAGGAAAGAUUGUAUGUGUAUUUAAUUUUAUCAUUUGGCUAUUUAAUCGUUGCUGAUUUAAAGCCGGUUAUGGCCUCAGAGAAGGUUAAAGUGAAUUAUGGGACUGAGGAGGCUUUACUGGCCGUUGUCGAUAAAACAAAGUCUGGCAAAAUUAUUAGUUGGAGGGAGCAAUGUGGUAACUUAACAGAGGAGUUAUUUUUGCAGUGUCCCCGUCUCCAUGAAGCCAAGGAGCUUUUACGUUUAUUUGAUUUUGAGCCUUAUCAGGCUAGGAUAGUUAAACCUACAGAUGGAGGCCCAGCUGGGCCUGUAGCUAGUUCUACGGCUGAGCAACAGCAGGGGAGGAGCUCGCCGCAACCGGCCAGCUCCCCAGCCGAGCCCACAGCCGAGUAUCGGCUUAGGGCCGUUGACUGUCCGCCGUCCAGGGAAUCCCCGCCCGACAGGUCUUAUCCUCCUAGGGAAUCCCCGUCCAGAGAACCCCCACGUAGGGAUUAUUGUUAUCCCCCUUCUAGGGAAUCCCCUUCUAAUAAUUAUGGUCCGCCUUCCAGGGAACCCCCACGUAGGGAUUAUGUUUAUCCCUCUUCCAGGGAAUCCCGAUCCGACAAUCAGUAUCCUCCCAGGGAAUCCCCACCAGGGGGUCAGGGAGAGUACCGGUCGCAGGGGCGCCGGGAUUGGCCCCCCCGUCUGCCGAGGUCACUUAAUUACGAUGGGCGAACAAGUUGGCAUUCCUUUCUCAGGAAGUUCACCAGUUAUGCUGUAUCGUGUCAGUGGAGCCCAAGCGAGUGUUUGGACGCACUGGGCUGGUGUUUGGAGGGGUCGGCCUCAGAGUGUUUUUCGAACCUUAGGGAUAUGGGCACUAAUUCUUAUUACCAUAUGUUAACAGCGAUGGGGCGUCGGUUUGGGGCUACCCGAUUUCCGGAGGAGGCCAUAGCCGAAUUUCGAACGGCUCGCCAACUCCCGGAGGAGUCUCUUCUUGGGUGGUCCGAUCGGCUCCAAGCUUUGUCCUUUGAAGCUUUUGGGUGGGACCAACGGGGUGACAGCACUCAAAUGGUAUUGCAGUUAUGCCAGGGUUGUACGGAUAAGGCGGCGGGUUUAACAGCUCUCAAUACGCGCCCGAAGUCCGUCGAGGAGGCCCUGGAAGCCAUCAGGUGGGCGCAACAUACCCAACGUGUUGUUUAUGGGAGCGAGGCUCGCCGUACGUAUUCGGCUUCUCGGCAGCAGGUGCAGCAGACUUGCAUGUACGAUCAGGAGGUGGACAGGUAUGAUACGGUAAUUUAUCAUCAUAGGCAACCCCAUCCCCUAAAUCGUUCCCCAACAGUUUCCAAAGGUCAAGAUGUUCCCCGUCCGGCUCCCGUGGAGGACCGGGGGAAGGUCACAACGCCUUUUGAAGUUCAGGCCAGGAAUGACAUUGGCUAUUUAAAAGAGGAAGUCGCCAGUCUUAAGACGCAUGCGUACAAUACCGAUUGUAUGCUAGAAGAAAUACUGAAGACUGUUAAGUCUUUGGAGUUUUCUAUGCUUUCCAAUGCCCGCCCUCUAUCUCCCGUGGCUACUGGUGUUCCGGAAAACCUGGAGGGAUCGGAGAGCGAGGCCGAUCUCCGAUCUGGAAACCGAGAGGCCUACAAUCGGUAAAUACUGGGGUAGUUAAUGUUAGUGACCCGCCUGACUCUUCGGUCGGUCCCUUGGACAAGGUAGUUAAUGUUAGUGACCCGCCUGACUCUUCGGUCGGUCCCUUUGUCAAGGUGAAUAAUGUUAGU